CCUCUCUCUACUCUCGCUCUCUCUCUCUCUCUCUCUCUCUCUCUCUCCUAUUCCUUCAACAUAUCUCUCUAGCUAUAUCUCUCUAAUCUCUAUUAUAUAUUAUAUGGACAAAGCAUGGGGUCUAGCUCUUGAUACUUCUUCAUCUUCUCCAAUUCCAAUAUCUCACUCUCACCCUUUUUUACCUUCUAAACAACCAUCUUCUACUCAUACCAACGAUAGAAUGUUUCCUAUUCUAGGAUUUCCUGUCAACCUUACCCGUAACACCAACGGCGAAGACGGGGGUGACCGGAAAAUAACCGGUGAAGUUGAUUUCUUCUCUGAAAGAAACAAACCAUCACCUUCACAUGAACACAACCAACAUGUUAAAUCCAACAUCAUCAAAAAGGAGAUUGUUUCAACCGAUGAAAAGCCUUCCACUUCUAAUAUCCAUGUUAAUACUGGUUUACAACUUGCAAACACCGGAAGUGAUCAAUCUGUAGUGGAUGAUGGAGCUUCAUCUGAUGCUGAAAAUAAACGCGCCAAGACUACUGAGCUUGCACAAUUGCAAGUGGAGCUUCAACGGAUGAAUUCAGAGAACAAAAAGCUGAAAGAGAUGCUAAGUCAUGUUACCGGUAAUUACACGGCUUUGCAGUUGCAACUUGUGGCAUUAAUGCAAAAGAAUCACCACACUGAAAAUGAGGUUGUUAAUGCAAAAGCUGAGGAGAAAAACCAAGGUGUUGGUGGAGCAAUGGUACCAAGACAAUUUCUUGAGAUAACUAAUGGAACAACAGAAGUCGAAGAUCAAGUAUCAAAUUCUUCAUCUGAUGAAAGAACAAGAUCAAACACACCUCAGAUGAGGAAUAGCAAUGGUAAAACUGGUAGGGAAGAUAGUCCAGAAUCAGAAACACAAGGCUGGGGUCCAAACAAGUCUCAGAAAAUAUUGAACUCUUCCAAUGUUGCAGAUCAAGCAAAUACAGAAGCUACAAUGAGAAAAGCUCGUGUCUCCGUUCGUGCUAGAUCAGAAGCUUCAAUGAUAAGUGAUGGAUGCCAAUGGAGAAAAUAUGGACAAAAAAUGGCUAAAGGAAAUCCAUGUCCUCGAGCAUACUAUAGAUGCACUAUGGCAGUUGGUUGUCCAGUUCGCAAACAAGUUCAACGUUGUGCCGAGGACAAAACAAUAUUGGUAACAACAUAUGAAGGAACACAUAACCAUCCACUACCACCAGCAGCUAUGGCAAUGGCAUCAACAACUUCAGCAGCAGCAAGCAUGUUACUAUCAGGAUCAAUGUCAAGUGCAGAUGGAAUAAUGACACCAAAUUUAUUAGCAAGAGCUAUUCUACCUUGUUCAACAAGCAUGGCUACACUUUCAGCUUCAGCACCAUUUCCUACUGUUACAUUAGAUCUCACACAAAAUUCAAACCCAAAUCCAUUACAAUUUCAAAGACCUCAACAUGCACCAUUUCAUCAAGUACCUAGUUUCUUUCAAGGACAGAAUCAGAAUUUUGCACAAGCAGCAGCAUCACUUUAUAAUCAAUCAAAAUUUUCUGGUCUUCAAUUGUCUCAAGAAGUUGGUUCUUCUCAUUUAACCACACAAGCUUCAACCCAACAACAACAACAGCCUUCUUUAGCUGACUCGGUCAGCGCCGCCACCGCUGCUAUCACCGCCGAUCCUAAUUUCACCGCUGUUCUCGCAGCCGCUAUCUCCUCCAUUAUUGGUGGUGGCCAUGCAAACAAUAGCAACAACAACAGCAAUAGCAGAAAUACAAUUAGCAACUUUUCAGGAAACUAAAUAUUCCUUUGUUCUUAGGUUCCUUGUUUUUCAGAUAAAUAUUAUUCCUUUUUAAAAUAUAUAUAUUAUUCCUUUUUUUUUUUUGUACAUGGGGAAAGUGACGUCAUAAAUGUUCAUAUUUCUUUUUAGUCCAUAUGCUUUGGGAUUGAGGGGAUAUAUAGCAGAUUAUAUAAGAAAAUAUUCACUUCAAUUUUUUGUUAUAUUUAUCUAUUUUUCACGUUGAAUAAUAAUCUAGGAUAUGUUAUUCAAAA